GCUGUUGUUCGGCCACAGUGUCCUGUAGAUGGAGGGCGUGGUGACAGUCUGUUCACAGCCACAGAGGGAGCAGCUCCUGCUUUGUUCAGUCGGAGCUUUGCUGUCUGCUCUCUAAGUCUGGUCUCAAAGAAACUUUAUCGUGUGUUUCACCAUUAAAGUCAGGACUUCUGGUGCUUGGAGAUGUUUGCCACAGCUGCCAGAAACUUUGUGGAGGAGGUAGAUCAGGGGGGUUUGUUGAUCCCAGUGUCCGGCCUGAAUGAUACUAUUAAUCUCCUGACAGUUGUGGUGAAGCGCAAGCGUUUCUGGUUUUGGCAGAAGGCCAAGUAUCUUCCCACAGAUUUCAUCCUCAAUGAUAUACUAACAGGAGACACACCUAUAAAGCCAGUUGUCCUCGAGACAGACUUCAUCAAAUACGAUGGAACAUAUGGGGACAAAAUUUCGGGAUCUAUUGAAGCAAACAUUUUGGAUAAAUCCAAUUUGAAUGUGGAGGGUCAAGACUCUUCAAAACUCAAGUCUUCCUUUGGCAACUUGAAAAAGGAGGAAGUGGAGGUUCAGAAACUGCUGCGAGACUCCAAAGGCAGGCUCUUGGACAUGUCCCAUGAUCUGGUCCAGCAGACAAUGGAGAAUCACAGGCAGGUGUUUGGAAUAGUGAAGGAGCGUAUUUUGACCACCCAGCUCUGCUCGGUCAUAGAGGAGGUGCAGCAGAGCGGACAGUGUGGAGGAGGUUUCGACUUCUGCAGGCCCAAAGGCCCUAAGGUUACACUGAAAGAGAAUGGGAGCCUGACUAAAGACAGCAACGUGACCAUGGAGAUUCCCAUCAGUACUACCAUCGCCUAUGCUCUUAUAGAACUAGAGAUCAAGCAUGAUGGACAUUUUGGCCUGUGUCUGAUGUCAGGCACAGAUGGAGGAUUUGAAGUAGAUGGCCCUGCAGGAGAAGAACUGAUGGCUGUUUCAAGAGCUCAUUUAAACUCCUCUGAAAAUAAACACCUGAGAGAAGCAGAGUUGGAGCGGCUGAGAGAUCAUUUCAACCUUCUUUCUGCUCUUCCUGCCGCCACAAGAUCCUCUCUGCUCCAGCACAUAACAAACGUUAUGGAGAACAGAGACGCUGUCAGCUCACUUCAGCAAGUGCUGGAACAGAUGUGCCAUGAUGAGAAACCUGACCUGGAUAAGGGUUCAGCCACAGACUCUCAGAAGCAGAACAUUCAAGCAAUUCUGGACCUAUUGGAGAAAUCUGAGGGGGCAAAGUCAGCUCAGGGAAACCAAUCCACUUCUGCCCUCACUGCUCUUCACCUGGUUGUCAGCGCCAUUGAUGAGUUGCCACAUGAAUGUCAUGCUAUCUUGGUGACGUGCUGCAAUCUCACAGAGUUACAGACUCUGGAACAACUGGUGCACUGCAUGUCAGGGAAUGGAGAGUUAACUUUGGACAGCACAGGUCAAGCUGCACUAACCGAAGACAUCUUCGAAAAGACUAAAAAUCUGUUCGCCUUCGGUCACAUGUCCCUGGAGCGAGACGAGGACACUGUGAAGACAGAAAUGCACAGUCAGACAGGACACCAUGCUCUUGCUCUGUGUAUCGCGAUUAAAGGUCUUGCCUCAUUGGCCAAAGAAGGUUGAACUAGACUUCUUUAUAUCCACCAAAGAUAAACUGAAGGACUGAGGUGUAAUGAG